UCGUUUCACCGUUUCAUCACAAGCCUUCAUGCAUGCAUGCAGCAAGCAGAUACAGUGAGUAGCCUAGUGAAAAAAAGUCUCCUCAGAAACGACGUUUCAUCGUCACUUGUGCAACACUUCCAAGCCUUAUUUACCGUCAGUGGCCUCAAAGCACAUUAACGAGGAAGCCUUCCCACAGAAAAGACCUCAAGGAAAACUUUGCCUCCCCAUCCAGUGUUUUUCGUGGCUGUCGAAUCGUGGUGCAGUGCUCAAAGUUUGGAUUUGGAAUUUUGAGCCAUUGAUGAGGGAAACUCUUGUUCGCCUUCGUGAUGGAAUCGGGCGAAAAAACUCAUUUACUGAAAGCGGAACGCGGGAUUUUGAAAAGUUUGAGUCGCUCCUACCAGAGUGAGAAUUCUUUGCUCGAUGAAACCGUGGCAGUAGCAGACUACCCGGAUGCUAUCGUCUCCGGGGAAUAUGAGAGUCUGGGGACCUCUGACAGCUCAUCCGCGACCCAAUCCACCCGGACUUUGGGCACAUUUCAAGGGGUGUUUGCCCCCGUGUCCUUGUCCAUGCUGAGCUCGAUCUUGUUCUUGAGAGUGGGCUAUAUCGUGGGGAAUGCAGGUCUACUUGAAGCCUUUCUACAAUAUGGCAUCGCUUACUCGAUUCUGAUAUCGACGGUUCUGUCAAUUUGCGCCAUCGCCACCAAUGGAGCGGUGGAGGGGGGUGGCGUGUAUUUCAUGAUUAGUCGAACUCUUGGCAUGGAGUUUGGUGGCUCAAUUGGAAUCCUGUUUUGGUUUGCCAACAUUGUCAGUAGCGCUUUGUACUUGGCAGCUUGCACUGAAGGCCUUAUUGGAAAUUUCGGACCCAAGGGAUCGCUCACCACAUUCUUACCAUCAAGCCGAUGGUGGAACUUUGCCUACUCGUCUCUUUUCAACAGCAUCAAUCUCUUUGUGUGUUUGAUUGGAUCCAAGCUCUUUGGCAAGACGAGUGCCUUGAUUCUAAGCGUGGUUAUGAUCUGCACUGUCGUGACCACGGCGAGUUUCUUUGUGAACUUGGACUUUCAUGAAGACUUUGUGUAUAAUUCCACCCAAGAUUGCAUCCCUCCCACCGAUAACAUCUCGUUGCCUAAUUGCACCAAAACGGCCCAAGGAACAUUUAUGGGCUUUAUGGCGGCUUCUCCGGAAUAUAUUUCGGACACAUUCGAAGCCAAUCUGGAUCCCAAGUUCGAAUUUGAUUGCUCGGACCCGAUGGCCGAAGUGAAUUUCUUCACUGUUUUUGGCGUUCUCUUCUCGGGCGUGACUGGCAUUAUGUCGGGAGCAAACAUGUCGGGGGAACUUCUUUCUCCGGGAAAGAACAUUCCCAGGGGAACUCUGGCAGCAUGCUUCUUUACCUUCACCAUUUUCAUCGUCUUGUCUGUUCUAACAGCACUCACUUGCAACCCGGCCAUGCUAAUGCACGACUGUAUGUACUUGAGUAAUUUCAGCGUUUGGCCUCCGAUUGUGGCCAUUGGGGUCUUGUUGGCCACAUUCAGUGCCAGUCUAAACAACCUGAUUGGCGCCAGCCGGGUUCUCGAGGCCGUGGCUAAAGAUGUUCUCUUUGGUCACAUCUUGUCCUUCUUCACCAAAGGCACGAUUAAGGACAACCCUAUAUCGUCCAUCUUGGUUACGUGGUGCCUGGUGGAAAUGUUCCUUCUCAUGGGAUCUCUGAACUCCAUUGCUCAAUUGAGCUCUGUCCUGUUUCUUAUGUCUUAUGCCGCAGUGAAUUUGGCUUGCCUGGGCCUCGACUUGGCUUCAGCCCCGAAUUUCCGACCUUCUUUCAAGUAUUUCUCAUGGCACACCAGCUUGGUCGGUCUUUUAGGGACCACCAUUAUGAUGUUCUUUGUGAGCCCUCUGUUCUCGGCUGUGGCCUUACUUCUGUGCUUGAGCCUGAUCUUUGCCCUCAACUUCAUCUCGCCCAUUCGGAAACCUAAUUGGGGCUCAAUUAGCCAAGCUCUGUUGUUUCACCAAGUUCGAAAGUAUCUACUACUCUUGGACCCGAGGAAAGCUCACGUCAAGUUUUGGCGGCCACAAAUUCUUUUGCUGGUCUCGAACCCACGGACUUGUUGCUCGCUGAUCGAUUUCGUGAACGCCUUGAAGAAAGGAGGACUCUACGUUAUUGGUCACGUGUAUACCGAGCGACUCCAAGAUUCGGAGGACGAUCCGUGUGUGGUGAAGAACGACCACUGGCUCAGCCUCAUCGACCAUUUGAAGAUCAAAGCAUUCGUGGAGCUGACUAUGGCCAGCACGCUUCGAGAAGGAAUUCAACAUUUGGUGCGCAUCUCAGGAAUUGGCGCGAUGAAACCCAACACAAUUAUUCUCGGCUAUCUGGACGAAAGGUUUCAUGGCGAUGACUUUAAUUCUCCCUAUUCCCCUUUCGCCACGCGGCAAUUUGAAGGCAUUUUCCCCGAGCUGAAACGCAAGCCAACCCAGACCCAUGAAGAUACACGUCCGCAAGAGAAAAUGAACAAGUCGGAGUACGUCGGUAUCAUCUGUGACGUGCUGAAGAUGCAAAAGAACAUCUGUUUGAGUCGACAUUUUUCCCUCUUGGAUAAAGGUACCUUGUUCCGCACAGAUCGGCAGAGCAUUUUCGGGACGCGGGUCAAGAAGAAGCUGUAUCUGGAUGUUUGGCUCGUGGACUUCUUUUCCCCUUUCGAGACCGACAUUUCGGACACGACCAGUCUCUUUCUUCUCCAAUUAGCCUGCAUCGUGCACAUGGUUCCACGUUGGAAGAAGCUUACCUUGCGAGUGUUUAUCACCGUCCGAGAUCAUCGGAGCUCCCUACACAACCAAGAAGAGAUGCUGAAAAACAUGCUGGAACUUCUUCGCGUCGAAGCCGAGUCUCAUGUCCUUAAUUGGACACCCGAGAGUACGGAACUCUCCACCGAUCCCCAUGUUCAGUUAUCAAAUGAAUAUCUGAGCUCCGCUUGCGAAACUGUCAGACGCAGAAGUCAAGACACAGCCGUGAGCUUCUUAUAUCUACCUCGACCUCCGAAAAUUGAGACUGACUACGUGUUCUAUUUGGAUGCCUUGACGGCUCUCACGCAGAAUUGGCCUCCAACUCUACUGGUUCGUGGGGUCUCGCCUGUCACGUCAAUUACUCUCUAGUUCGAGGAGGUGGAGGAUUAUGGAUCAAGUCGAUAACCAUCGUCGAUUCUAUUAAUGGUUUUAUGAUACAAUACGUCAGUUCAGCAACAAAAUAAAGGAUUAGUGCCCGAUA